UACCUAAACCCGUGGUGUAGGUACUUGUCUCUGUGCGUGACAAUCGGACAAGUGUCUGUUUGCUCAGUAGGUUGUUGUUCUUCUCGUUUAUUAGAAAUUCCAGUGUUACUUUUUAUCUGUUUGCAUCUUCUCUCCGGCUGAGCGGCUCUACCUGUGGACUCUGGUCUGCGCUCGAAAUGAAGUUCAUGCAUUUUACAACUUGCACUGAACAGUAUCCAGCUCUCAUCAGUGGACAGCGGUGGAGGGUUUUUCAUUUGUAAGCACCACAGGCUAUGUUAGCUGAAGAGGAAACACCUGCUGCACCUGUCCGCCUGCCGAGGACUCCUAAUUGCUGCUGGUGCACUGAGUUUCCUGUCUGAUCUCAAUGCACAUAUUGAUAAUGAAAGCUUGAUAACAUCCUCAAACCGAGACGGAAGCUGAUUAAGACCAACUUUUUUUUUCCUGGACCAAAGAUGGAGUUGACCGGGCAAAGGGCAAAGUGUUUGGCACUGCUUUUUCUAAUUGUGGUGUGUGUGCAGAGUGACUUUGUGGAGCCUCCUCAGCCUGAGACCUCCCUGCGCUCGCUGGAGGAGAGUCAGACCAGGCUGCCCUGUCACUAUCGGGUGGACGACGGGCAGAAGGUGGUGCAGGUCACCUGGUACAAGGAGCUCGCAGACGGCAGCAAGGACCAGAUCAUCACGGCACACUUCACAGACGGCUACACAGAGUUUGGGCGUUACUCUGGUCGAAUGAAGUUCGAGAGCAGCAGCCCCACCGAGAACUCUGCUCUGCUCAUCCCCAGUACAGAGGAGUCGGACGAGGGCAGAUACACCUGCCACAUCUCCACCUUCCCAAACGGAAACUUUGAAAGGCACAUCGACCUCACUGUCUGGAUCUUACCCAUCUCCUCCCUGGAUCCUGUAACCCUGGUGGAGGGCCAGUCGUACCGUGUGGCCGCCACCUGCCGAGCCGUGGGUCGCCCGCUUCCCCGUCUCUCCUGGGACACCGACCUGCCAGGCCAGUCCCAGAACCGCACCAACGAGGGCGGGUCCGUGUCCAGCUACUACUCCCUGCACCCCUUGCGUAGCAUGAAUGGGAAAAAGCUGGACUGUUUGGUGUGGCAUCCUGGCCUGGAGGGGCCACGCAGGAUCUCAAACCACCUGGUGGUUCAGUACCCCCCAGAUGCCACCAUCUCCUCUGCUACACAAAACUGGUAUGUGGGUUUGGAGAAAGCUGAGCUGGUGUGCAACAGCGGAGGAUACCCCAAACCUCAGAACGUCACCUGGAAAUGGAGAGGAGGGGCUCUGCCUGGUGGGGUGUCUGUGGUUGGAGGAAAACUUAUCUUUGGGCGGGCCCUCCGCAUGAAUGACAGUGGGGUCUAUGAGUGUGUGGUCAAGAACAACGUAGGAGUAGGAAAAACUGAGUAUACAUUGACAGUAACAGAGACGCCUUUUUCUGAUGAAAACCUGCUGCUGAUCAUUAUUGGUGCUUCAGCCGCAGCUCUGGUCAUGAUCCUGGUCAUUGUUGUCGUGCUGGUCAACCGCUACCAUCGGCACAGAAACAAAAAGCUUGAGAUGGAGCUCAGUGAGAAAACGGAGGAAAUUAACAGCUUCUCUAGACAAGCCUCCUUCAGGAGACUGAACUCUGUUAGCACGGAUCCCAGAGUGCAGGCUGAAGAUUACGCUCUGCUCAGAGUAGACAGCAGAAUGAAAAACAGCCAAUUGUCUCUGGAGCGACCCAUCUACAGAGGCAGCCAGUCCACCCUGGGUGGGAAGUGGGGUCCUUCAGGAGGGGUGGAGGUGGAUGAACUGGGACGUCCAGUCGUCUGGCGUGAAGGCAGGGAGAGCCUGAGAGGAGGAGAGAUGGACGCAGCAGAGAAGGAGGAGCGUAGGAGGAGGGUGGAGUCGUAUGUGAAGAGCAGCAACAUGUCACUGGACUCAGGUCUUCCUUCAUCCCUGGUUCCCCUGAAGGUCCAGCAGGACGACGGCAUCGGGCCCAGAGAGCCAGACCUCAGCCACCUCAGGGAAGGAGACUCUCCUCUGCAUGAAGAGCACUGGGCUUCCACCCAGCCAGUGGAGGAUGAACACGAGGAUGACGACAGCAGCAGCUCUUACCAGAUCUCGGCGGCGCUCAACAAUCACUUCUACUACAGUAACGGGGUCCUCAGACCCAGGCCACACUCCAAUGCCAUUCUGCUGCCCAGAACACAGAUUGUUUAGACUCUCAUCCAUUAACAGGUGAAGAGAGGUCUGUCUGCAUUCCUGCAUCGACAGUGAUCUUAUUCUUUGUAAUCAGACGUUUGUUUUGUACACAUUGACUGCAAAGGGUAGUUUGCCUCAGGCUCCAGCUAAACGCUGAUCACUUUUACCUCUGGGUUGUGAGAUUUUAAUCCUUUAUUCUAUUGCUAUGAUAAUUGGGAAGUUGUUUUUUUGGCCAUUUUAUGCCUUUAUCAAAUAUCCAACAGUGGAGAGA